UCACAGUCUCACUGGACGUACUCCUACUACCUUCUUCCCCCUCCCUCCCGUCUCCUCUUCGCGCCCAAGUUGGUCGUCAAUGGCGACCGCUGAUGCUUCCAACGGUACCUCCAUCAGGAAUGCUUUUGGGAAUGUCCUUUCGUUUUUCAUCCUGAUCCUGAUCGGUGUUUUGGCGUUCUCGAUCCGACUUUUCUCUGUCAUAAAGUACGAGAGCGUUAUUCACGAAUUCGAUCCUUAUUUCAAUUACAGGGUCACUCAGUAUCUCACAAAGAAGGGGAUAUAUGAUUUCUGGAACUGGUUUGAUGACCGAACUUGGUAUCCUCUUGGUCGUGUAAUUGGUGGAACUGUCUAUCCUGGUUUGACCUUGACAGCUGGUACCUUAUGGUGGAUACUGAAUUCUUUAAAUAUCCCUCUCUCAGUGGAGACAGUCUGUGUAUUUACUGCUCCUAUAUUUUCAGCUUUUGCUUCAUGGGCAACAUAUCUGCUGACUAAGGAGGUUAAGGGUCCUGGGGCUGGACUGACAGCAGCAGUGCUUUUGGCUGUGGUCCCCUCAUACAUAUCUCGAUCUGUUGCUGGAAGUUAUGAUAAUGAAGCUGUCGCCAUAUUUGCUUUAAUAUUCACUUUCUAUCUCUAUGUAAAGACACUAAAUACAGGGUCCCUCUUCUAUGCCACUUUGAAUGCCAUAGCAUACUUUUACAUGGUUUGCUCAUGGGGAGGAUACACUUUUAUUAUUAACCUUACACCAAUGCAUGUGCUCUUGUGCAUUAUAACCGGUCGUUAUUCUUCUCGCCUGUAUAUUGCAUAUGCGCCUCUUGUUGUUUUAGGUACACUGUUGGCCUCCUUAGUGCCUGUUGUUGGAUUUAAUGCUGUAAUGACAUCAGAACAUUUUGCAUCAUUUCUGGUUUUCAUUAUCAUCCAUGUGGUUGCUCUUGUAUACUACAUUAAAGGAAUACUUUCCCCAAAAAUGUUCAGAGUAGCUGUAACUCUUGUUGUAUCUGUUGGCUUGGCAGUAUGUUGUGCAGUAAUAGCAAUACUUGUAGCACUGGUGGCUUCAAGCCCUACAAAGGGAUGGAGUGGACGAAGUUUAAGUCUACUAGACCCUACAUAUGCAAGCAAAUAUAUUCCUAUCAUUGCUAGUGUUAGUGAGCAUCAACCUCCUACCUGGCCUUCUUACUUCAUGGACAUCAAUGUCUUGGCAUUCUUAGUUCCAGCUGGCAUUAUUGCUUGCUUUUCACCGCUAUCUGAUGCUAGUUCUUUUGUGAUACUUUAUAUAGUGACAGCAGUAUAUUUUUCUGGAGUCAUGGUCCGCCUGAUGCUUGUACUAGCACCAGCAGCAUGCAUCAUGUCUGGGAUUGCCCUUUCUGAAGCUUUUGACAUUUUCACACGAUCUAUUAAGUUUCAGUUACCGCACCAUCCAGGUCAUUCUCAUGUUCAUGCUGGGAAUGCUAGUCUUGACAGCAUUGUAGAAUCAGACAACGUGAGCAAAACUGAAAAAAGUGACGAUAUAUCAAAGGAACGGGGCUCAAAAAAGAACAAGAAGAAGGAAAAGGAACCUGUGGAAAAGCCUCUUAGCAAGCCACAAGUUAAGAGGCUUUUGGUUUUACCUCUAUAUGCAUCCAUCAUCGCAAUUUUCUUGCUUGUGUUGCUUGGUGCCUUCUAUGUGGUUCAUUGUGUAUGGGCGGCAGCAGAAGCUUAUUCAGCCCCUUCUAUUGUUUUAACAUCACAUUCUGAUGAUGGCCUUCACGUAUUUGAUGAUUUUAGAGAGGCGUAUGCUUGGCUGAGUCAUAAUACAGAUGUAGAUGAUAAAGUGGCUUCUUGGUGGGACUAUGGAUACCAAACAACAGCCAUGGCCAACCGAACUGUCAUUGUUGACAACAAUACCUGGAAUAACACCCAUAUUGCCACCGUUGGUACUGCCAUGUCUUCUCCAGAGAAGGCAGCUUGGGAAAUAUUCCAGUCAUUGGAUGUGAAAUAUGUUCUUGUUGUCUUUGGAGGAUUGGUUGGCUAUCCUAGUGAUGAUAUUAACAAGUUCCUGUGGAUGGUUCGUAUUGGAGGGGGUGUAUUCCCUCACAUAAAGGAGCCAGAUUACUUGAGGGAUGGUCAAUAUCGGAUUGAUUCUAUGGCCACGCCAACAAUGCUAAAUUGCCUCAUGUAUAAACUUUCAUAUUUCAGAUUUGUUGAGACGGAUGGUAAAGGCUUUGACAGAGUAAGGCAGACAGAGAUUGGGAAGAAAUAUUUCAAACUUGCCCAUUUUGAAGAGGUUUUCACAACUCAUCAUUGGAUGGUUCGGAUAUACAAGUUAAAACCUCCAAAGAACAGAAUUCGAGGAAAGAAAAAGUCAAAAUCGAAAGCAAACUUAUCUACUGGUUCAAAAAGAAGAGGAUCAAGAAGGAAUCCAUUUUAGUAGUUCUUUUCCAUUUCUUUUUUAUCAAUAGGUGAACAUAUUUAUUAGCCAGUAUUCUGUAUGCAUGUACAAGGAAAUGAAAAGAUUUUGUCGGCAAUAUAGUCAUGGGGUGCUUCAAAAGAUUUUGAAAACACAUCAAUUCCACUAAAUUAUCUAA